CUGUCUUGUUCUCGGAUUCAGCUGUAUGCUCUGAGCAGACCUGGUUCUCGUGAAGCCCCCCUAUCUCCCAGAGUCCGAGUGAGAUCCAUCCAUGAAACGGCAGUAUGUUUCGCCGCUAAAGAUGGAUCCACCAAGGAUGGAUCCAGCGAUGGCGGAAAGGUGAACUUGAUUCCACUGGAUUAUGACAUAUCUGUUUGCCGCUUUACAGAAUGAAUCACCCAGUGGUGACUAGCUUGGACCCAAGUCUGUUUGUGCUGUCUCGCAAACUCCUAUGGUCAUUGCCAAACAUGGCAUAACAACGUGGCACGACGGCUUGUUCCCUUGUCUGUUCAUGCUAAGUGGAGACAUCAUAAUUGAAUGACUGAAUUGAAAUGGAAUUGACCCCAUCUCUGGUGGUGACAUCAUCAUUGAAUGACUGAAUUGAAAUGGAAUUGACCCCAUCUCUGGUGGUGACAAGACACAAGAAUAGACUUUCUAAUAAAUGCCCAGUGGUUUCGACAUGUGACAACGACAUAGAAACAAAGCUUCCUAUCUGUGGGUAUGUGUUCUACAUGAUGGUUUUUCCUGCUGUUUUUGAUAGAACGUCUCUCUAUUGUGUCCAAUCAUAAUGCAGAAGAACCUCAGUGAAGGAAAGAGACUGUCGGACUCUUCUGGUGGAUCAGGGAAAGGGGGGAACCAGCUGCACUGUCCCAAAUGUGGAGACCCCUGCACACAUGUGGAGACCUUUGUAUGUGAGUACCUUUAAAAAAAAAAAAAAACUCUGUUCGCAUAGGCUGUCUUUUUCUAAAGAUUCAAGUCGUAGAAAAAGCAGCCGUAUAAAUGAUUGACUUGUCACACCGUCACUACUAUUUUAUGAAAUCAAAGACGGGUAACGGAAACAUUUCUUUUUUUUUUCUUUUCUUUUCAGCGUCAACACGUUUUGUGAAGUGUGAGAAAUGCCAUCACUUCUUCGUGGUGCUCUCUGAGACAGACUCUAAGAAGGGUCUGAAUAAAGAACCAGAGUCGCCCGCUGAGGCUGUCAAAAUGGCCUUCGUACAGAAACCUCCCCCGCCACCCAAAAAGGUACGAGCACCAAUGACAAAACAGGAACUGGUUCUUUUUUUUCUCCAGUUUUUUUUUGUUUCUAUGAUGUGAUGGUUAUUUUCAAACAGGAAUUACUAUGAUAAUGCUGCAGGUAUACCUGGAGCUAUAAUGCAUUCCCUCUAAAUGUACACAUUUUGUGCUCUUGUAGAACUAUGCAAAAAUAUCUUGCAUAGUUCGUUUUGUUUCGGUAUGUUGCAUUGUAAGUGGCUAAUAUUGCGUUGAUUUGAUCACAAUUGCCACGGUAAAGGGAAAACUGGAGUAGUGGUCACCAACCUUUUCUGAGUCAAGAUCACUUUCUGAGACAAUGAAAGCAGAGAUCUACUGCUCAGUUUUUUAAAAAGUUUAUUUAUUUAUUUUUUAACAUGACUUAACGUAAGCCUAUGCUACAUUAACCAAUUAAAAACAGUACUGUAGCAAUGAGGUUUGUGCAGUAAGCUAUAGGUCCAAUACAUUAUCACCACAUAUUGUCUUUGCUUGAAUUGCCCUGCCAAUGCAUUAUUCUUUUAAGUUAUAUUAAAAAAAAAUGGAGGUAGGCUAUAUGAUCACACUGGUAAUAGAUCUGUGGUUGUAUUACUUGUGAGGCACAGCUGAGUGAGCAUACAUUUUUAAAUAAUUCGCUUUUUAUUUUACUGGUCUGAUGGUGCCUGCAUCUGAUGGUACCUGGGCUGAUGGUGCCUGGGCUGAUGGUGCCUGGGCUGAUGGUGCCUGGGCUGAUGGUGCCUGGGCUGAUGGUGCCUGGGCUGAUGGUGCCUGGGCUGAUGGUCAGUCUCAGCGGAGGGAGAGAGCAGCAGACUGAGGGUCAGCCUCUCAACAUCCCUCCGCUCUCCCUUUCCUCCACUGACACUGAACCAAAAAGGGACCCUUUCCUCCACUGACACUGAACCAAAAAGGGACCCUUUCCUCCACUGACACUGAACCAAAAAGGGACCCUUUCCUCCACUGACACUGAACCAAAAAGGGACCCUUUCCUCCACUGACACUGAACCAAAAAGGGACCCUUUCCUCCACUGACACUGAACCAAAAAGGGACCCUUUCCUCCACUGACACUGAACCAAAAAGGGACCCUUUCCUCCACUGACACUGAACCAAAAAGGGACCCUUUCCUCCACUGACACUGACCAAAAAGGGACCCUUUCCUCCACUGACACUGACCAAAAAGGGACCCUUUCCUCCACUGACACUGAACCAAAAAGGGACCCUUUCCUCCACUGACACUGAACAAAAAGGGACCCUUUCCUCCACUGACACUGAACCAAAAAGGGACCCUUUCCUCCACUGACACUGAACCAAAAAGGGACCCUUUCCUCCACUGACACUGAACCAAAAAGGGACCCUUUCCUCCACUGACACUGAACCAAAAAGGGACCCUUUCCUCCACUGACACUGAACCAAAAAGGGACACCGUCUUCCAGCUGAUGGCUAAACUCGAGUCCCACCGCCUAAUGCACAAAUUCAUGUUGUUACUCCUUAAGAGCAGAGAAAGUGAAAUAUUCCUCCAAUAUUAAAAAAAAGCCUAUAGAUACUCAUUAACUAUUGCUGCAGCACUGAGUGGAAAUAGGAUGAACGCUCAUUUUACAGCUUAUUCAAAAGUGUUGAAUACAAAGUGACAUUGCUGAGUAAUAACUUAAACAUGAACUCACUCAUUAAAAACAGCAGCUCUUUGCUGUAUUCGUUGACAGUCUCUCUGUAGUCAUGGUUGUAUGAAAAUAACAAAUGAAAGUAUGCACUCACUAACUGUAAGUUGUUCAAGAUAAGUGUCUGCUAAAUGACUAAAAUGUAAUGGUUGUAAAUGUUUUGAAAUCUCACAGUAUCACUUUUCUGUAGCUUUCUUUUAUGCCUGCCUGCUACGUUUUAUGCCUGCUUCACAGUAAUCUGAGCCAUCCGAUUGGCCAGCGGUAGGCCUAUAGUGCACUUGAUUUGCUCUCCGGGCCCACCGGGAAGGCAGAGUUUGUACCUUCGGACACAUGAAAUAGUUCAAAAUGGCAACAGUUUGCCUACUCGGCGAGCAGCGCAGCUGAAUCAGGUGCACCUACCGCCAGCCCGAGGCGAAUAAAAACAAAAUAUAAAUAAUGUUAUAAUGCGAGCCUACCAGACAAGCUAAAUGCCUUCUAUGCUCGCUUCGAGGCAAGCAAUACUGAACCAUGCAUGAGCGCACCAGCUGUUCCGGACAACUGUGUGAUCUCGCUCUCUGUAGCCGAUGUAAGACCUUUUAAAUAGGUUAACAUUCAUUUAACAUUUACAUUUUAGUCAUUUAGCAGACGUUCUUAUCCAGAGCGACUUACAGUUAGUGAGUGCAUACAUUUUUCAUACAUUCGCAAGGCCACAGGGCCAGACGGGAUACAAUGACGCGUACUCAGAGCAUGCACUUACCAGCUGGCAAGUGCCUUCACCGACAUUUUCAAACCUAUCCCUGACCCUGGUCUGUAAUACCAUCUUGUUUCAAGCAGACCACCUUGUGCCCAAGAACGGCAAGGUAACCUGUCUAAAUGAAUAUCGCCCCGUAGCACUCACAUCUGUAGCCAUGAAAUGCUUUAAAAGCCUGAUCAUGGCUCACAUCAACACCAUCAUCCCAGACACCAUGGACCCACUUCAAUUCGCAUAUUGCCCCAACAGAUCCACAGAUGGCACAAUCUCUAUUGCACUCCACACUGCCCUCACCCACCUGGACAAAAUGAAUCCCUAUGUAAGAAUGCUGUUAAUUGACUACAGCUCAGCAUUCAACACCAUAGAGCCCUCCAAGCUCAUCCCUAAACUAAGGACCCUGGGACUGAACACCUCCCUCUGCAGCUGGAUCCUGGACUUCCUGACGGGCCACCCCCAAGCGGUGACGGUAGGCAACAACACAUCCACCCGCUGACCAUCAACACAGGUGCCCCUCAGGGGUGUGUGCUUAGUCACCUCAUGUACUCCCUGUUCACACACGAAUGCGUGGCCGCGCACGGCUCCAACCCCAUCAAGUUUGCUGACGACACGAUGGUGGUAGGACUGAUCACUGUCAACGAUGGGGCAGCCUAUAUGGAGGAGGUCAGAGACCUGGCAGUGUGGUGCCAGGACAACAACCUCUCCCUCAACGUCAUUAAGGCAAAGGAGCUGAUCGUGGACUACAGGAAACGGGGGGGGGCGAGCACGCCCCCAUCCACAUCGAUGGGGCUGUAGUGGAGCGGGUCGAGAGCUUCAAGUUCCUCGGUGUCCACAUUACUAAGGAAUUAACAUGGUCCACACACAACCGCACAUUUGUGAAGAGGGCAAGACGGUGCCUCUUCCCCCUCAGGAGGCUGAAAGGAUUUGGCAUGGGCCCUCAGAUCCUCAAAACGUUCUACAGCUGCACCAUUGAGAGCAUCUUUACUGGCUCCAUCACCGCUUGAUGCGGCAACUGCAAGGCACCCGACCGCAAGGCGCUACAGAGGUUGGUGAGUGCAGCCCAGUACAUCACUGGGGCUGAGCUCCCUGCCAUCCAGGACCACUAUACCAGGCGGUGUCCGAGGAAGGCCCAACAAAUUCUCACACUCCAGUCACCCAAGGCUUAGACUAAGGAUAUUCAACACUUACCCAUCCGAGGUCCGGAGCCUGCUGGUUUUCUGUUCUACCUGAUAAUUAAUUGCACCCACCUGGUGUCCCAGGUCUAAAUCAGUCCCUAAUUAGAGGGGGAACAAUGAAAAACACAGUGGAACCUGCUUUGAGGUUCAGAGUUGAGUUUGAGGGACAUAGACUGUUCUCUCUGCCACCGCACGGCAAGCGGUACCAAUGCACCAAUAGGACCCUGAACAGCUUCUACCCCCCCAAGCCAUAGGCCUGCUAAAUAGCUAAUCAAAAUGGCUACCAUGACUACCUGCAUUGAUCUCUCUUGCACUGACUCUAUGCACACACAGUGAACUCUACCCACGCACUCACUCAUACUUACACUGACACCCCAACACACAAACACACACACACACACACACACACACACACUACAUGCGCACACAAGUAUACUGACGCCACACACACAUCUCACACUCACCACAUACGCUGCCGCUACUGUCUUAUCUAUCCUGUUGCCUAGUAACUUGACCCCUACCUAUAUGUACAUAGCUACCUCAAUUACCUCGUACCCCUGUACAUCGAUUUGGUACCGCCUGCAGCGCCAUGUUAUUUUUAUUUGUUAUUCGCUGUGUAUUUAUGACUCGUGUCACUAUUUUUAAAUCAAAUCAAUCAAAAUGUAUUUAUAAAGCCCUUUUUACAUCAGCAGAUGUCACAAAGUGCUAUACAGAAACCCCAGCUUAAAACCCCAAACAGCAAGCAAUGCAGAUGUAGAAGCACGGUGGCUAGGAAAAACUCCCUAGAAAGGCAGAAACCUAGGAAGAAACCAGAGAGGAACCAGGCUCUGAGGGGUGGCCAGUCCCCUUCUGGCUGUGCCGGGUGGAGAUUAUAACAGUACAUGGCCAUUAAGGCCAGAUCGUUCUUCAAGAUGUUCAAACGUUCAUAGAUGACCAGCAGGGUCAAAUAAUAAUCACAGUGGUUGUAGAGGUUGCAACAGGUCAGCAUCUCAGGAGUAAAUGUCAGUUGGCUUUUCAUAGCCGGGCAUUUAGAGGUUGCGACAGCAGGUGAGGGAGGGAGAGGGUUGAAAACAGCAGGUCCGUGACAAGGUAGCACGUCUGGUGAACAGGUCAGGGUUCCACAGCCACAGGUAGGACAGCGGAAACUGGAUCAGCAGCACCACCAGGUGGACUGGGGACAGCCAGGAGUCAUCAGGCCAGGUAGUUCUGAGGCGUGGUCCUAGGGCUCUCAUCCUCUGGGAGAGAGAGAGAGAGAGAGAAAGCGAGAUGGGAGAAUUAGAGGGUGCAUUCUUAAGUUCACACAGGACACCAGAUAAGACAGGAGAAUUACGCCAGAUAGGACAGAAUGACCCUAGCCCCCCGGCACAUAGACUAUUGCAGCAUAGAUACUGGAGGCUUAGACGGGGGUGUCGGGGGACACUGUGGGCCCCGUCCGACGAUACCCCCGGACAGGGUCAACCAGGCAGGAUAUAACCCCACUCACUUUGCCAAAGCACAUCCCCCACACCCCUAGAGGGAUAUCACGAUGUGACGCACCCCUCCUAGGGACGGCAUGGACGAGCACUAGUAAGCCAGUGACUCAGCCCCCGUAAUAGGGUCAGAGGCAGAGAAUCCCAGUGGAGAGACGGGAACCGGCCAGGCAGAGACAGCAAGGGCAGUUCGUCACUCCAGUGCCUUGCCGUUCACCUUCACACCCCUGGGCCAGACUAUACAAUCAUAGGACUUACUGAAGAGAUGAGUCUUCAGUAAAGACUUAAAGGUCGAGACCGAGUCUGUGUCUCUCACAUGGAAAGGCAGACCAUUCCAUAAAAAUGUAGCUCUAUAGGAGAAAGACCUGCCACCAGCUGUUUGCUUAGAAAUUUUAGGGACAACAAGGAGGCCUGCGUCUUGUGACCGUAGCAUACGUGUAGGUAUGUAUGGCAGGACCCAAUCAGAGAGAUGGGUAGGAGCAAGCCCAUGUAAUGCUUUGUAGGUUAGCAGUAAAACCUUGAAAUCAGCCCUAGCCUUAACAGGAAGCCAGUGUAGAGGGGCAAGCACUGGAGUAUUAUGAUCACAUUUUUACAUUUACAUUUUAGUCAUUUAGCAGACGCUCUUAUCCAGAGCGACUUACAGGAGCAAUUAGGGUUAAGUGCCUUGCUUAAGGGCACAUCGACAGAUUUUUCACCUAGUCGGCUCGGGGAUUAGAACCAGCGACCUUUCGGUUACUGGCACAACGCUCUUACCCACUAAGCUACCUGCCACCCCAUUAGUACAGCAGGCCAGUAGUACAGGAGGUUCUAUUCAAGAUUCUAGCAGCCAUAUUUAGCAGUAACUGAAGUUUAUUUAGUGCUUUAUCCGGGUAGCCGGAGAGUAGAGCAUUGCAGUAGUCUAAUCUAGUGACAAAAGCAUGGAUUUUUUGGACAAACAAUUUCAGAUUUUAGCAAUUUGACAAAGGUGGGAAAAAAAUGCUGCCCUUUGAAAUAUACUUCAUAUGUUCGUCAAAAGAGACAUCAUGGUCCGGAGUAAUGGCGAGGUCCUUGAGUUUUAUUUGAGACGACUGUACAACCAUCAAGAUUGUCAGAUCAAACAGCACAUCUCUUUGUUUCUUUGGACCUAGAAGUAGGAUCUCUGUUUUGUCUUGAGUUUAAAAAAAGUAAAUAAUGUGCCGCCAUCCACUUCCUUAUUCCUGAAACACAGGCUUCUAUUUUUGUUACAUUUGUUAUCUUUAUCUCACUCUGCAUUGUUGGAAAAGGACCCUUAAGUAAGCUUUUCACUGUUAGUCUACGCCUGUUGUUUUACGAAAAACAUGUAGAAAAUAAAGUUUGACUUGAUUAUGCACCGUAAGACUUGUCAUGAGCUUGAAGACUUUACUUAAAGCCUGGAGAUAUACAGUACAACGCGUUUAUGAAACAGUUCCUUUAUUGUUAGACUUGUAUGACCACGUUUAUAAUGUCUUUAUCGUAAAUGACAACGGUCCCUGUCUUCCAGAUCUAUGCCUACCUGGACAAGUACGUAGUGGGGCAGUCCUAUGCUAAGAAGGUGCUGGCGGUGGCUGUGUAUAAUCACUACAAGAGGAUCCACAACAACAUCCCUGCUGGAAGCAGACAGGUGGAGGUGGAUAAACAGGCCUCGCUCACACCACGAGGUCAGUACAGUCUACUGUUAGUUAGAAUCAGGCCUCGCUCACACCACGAGGUCAGCCUUACUGGUGUAGUCUUCUGUUAGCUAUAGUAGUUCUCACACCAGAAGAUCAGCAGAGUUCAGUCAGCUACAUGCCUUUUGUUUGUUUAAAAUAUUAAUAAUAGUCAGCCGCCAGAAAAACGUAUACUGGACAAAAUUAAGUUGGCUUACUUCAGAAUAGUAUAAUUUCAUUAGGCAACAGCGUUAUGCUUUCGUUAUGAGCAAAGUUUGUGCUGAAACACCUGUUCAGAUAUCACAGUCACCUCAUGGCGCUCUCAUCUGUAUAAUUUGGCAUUUGUUCAAUGAUUUGCUUUUACACCCACACUUGACAGCUUGAAAGGACGAUGCUAAUGGAUUUAACAAGAUAACAGGGUGAUGAUUACGAACAACAAACAGUGGAAUGUGAUUCUUCCAUGCAGAAAUGUAGUGAUGUGUUAAUCUGGCAGUACGUGAUGUCAUCCUCUCUCUGUAGAGCUAGAGCUGAGAAGGCGGGAGGAUGAGUACAGAUUCACAAGUAAGUGAUUUGAUUGGUCCUCCUUACGUAGCUGUCUCCGUAUCAUUGGCUAUUUUAAACAUGUCACUUUUUUGAUUGGAGCGUUCUGUUGUGGUAUAUGUUUUAUUUUCAAGAAUUGCACAAAUGAUCAAGUUUACAGACUAGCUUCUCUUGUUGUCAAUGACGUAUUGUUUUUAGGGUGUGUUAGAUAAAAUAAAAUAAAAAUGUAUUCUAAACUUUCACACCAGAGGAGCACCAUGCUCUAAUUAACUGAGCCACACGGGAAGCCCAUAUAAAGUAUUUGAAAUUAUUUUGAAUACUCCACACUGGCUCCCAGUAAAGAGUAGAGCAGGGCACCUGUAUUUUUAGAUUGAACUUGGACCUAUUGCCGUGAUGCAGCACCACCACAGAUACUUCACGUUAUAACUAGGGAGCCUGGCGAACUGAAAAUGCGAGACACAAACGUGUUAUACACGGAGUGUACAAAACAUUAAGAACACCUUCCUAAUAUUUUUACUUUUUUUUUUUGUCAUUUUAGCAGACGUUCUUAUCCAGAGCGACUUACAGUUAGUGAGUGCAUACAUUCUCAUACUGCCCUCCCCGUGGGAAACGAACCCACAACCCUGGCGUUGCAAGCGCCAUGCUCUACCAACUGAGCUGCAGGGGACUUAUAUUGAGUUGCAACCACCCCUUUUGCCAUCAGAUCAGCCUCAAUUCGUCAGGGCAUGGGCUCGACAAGGUGUCGAAAGCGUUCCACAGGGAUGCUGGCCCAUGUUGACUCCAAUGCUUCCCACAGUUGUCAAGUUGGAUGGAUGUCCUUUGGGUGGUGGACCAUUCUUGACACACACGGGAAACUGUUGAGCAUUAAAAACCCAGCAGCGUUGCAGUUCUUGACACAAGCUGGUGCGCCUGGCACCAACUACCAUACCCUGUUCAAAGGCACUUAAAUAUUUUGUCUUGCCCAUUCACUCUCUGAAUGGCACGUAUACACAAUCCAUGUCUCAAUUGUUUCAAGGCUUAAAAACAUCAUUUUUUUCUCUUGUGGCUGUAUUUUACCCCCUUUUUCUCCCCAAUGUUUGAUCUUGUCUCAUUGCUGCAACUCCCCAACGGGCUCGGGAGAGGCGAAGGUGGAGUCAUGCGUCCUCUGAAACGUGACCAGCCUAACCGCGCUCCUUAACACCCGCCAGCUUAACCCGGAAGCCAGCCGCACCAAUGUGUCGGAGGAAACACUCUUCAACUGGCGACCGGGGUCAGCCGGCAGGCACCCGGCCCGCCACAAGGAGUCACUAGAGUGAGAUGAGCGAAGUAAAGCCCCACCGGCCAAACCUUCCCCUAACCCGGACGACACUGGGCCAAUUGUGCGCCGUCCUAUGGGACUCCCGGCCACGGCCGGUUAUAGCACUGCCCGGAAAUGAACCCGGAUCUUUAGUAACGCAUCUAGAACUGCGAUGCAGUGCCUUAGACCGCUGCACAGCUCAGGAGGCCCUAUAAAUCCUUCUUUAACCUGUCUCCUCCCCUUCAUCUACACUGAUUUUGAAGUGGAUUUAACAGGUGACAUCAAUAAGGGAUCAUAGCUUUCACCUGGUCAGUCUAUGUCAUGGAAAGAGCAUGUGUUCUUAAUGUUUUUUUUACACUCGGUGUACAUUACAAUACAGUGCAAACGUGUAAUACAACUUAAGUUGCCAGAUCACAGAGAGUAGGCCAACAUUGCAUAUCCUGUUCGGAAAAGUUACGUUUUAGUGCCUGGUCAUUGCCAUGAGAGAUGGGAAACAUUGACCCAAAAUGGAUUCCCCUAGCCUGGGGGCAAAUCUGUUUCUGCCCUCUCGCCAACUCCUUAUGGAAUCCGUCAUGCCAAACAAGCUUGACGAGGACAACAAUGGAGUUGACAUUUGGCAAGAGCACAAACAGAUCUGGCACCAGGCUAGAAAUCACCACUAUCCUGCUGCCAAAUCUGAACCCAAAUAUACAAUAUGGCUGUUUUGUUUACAUUUGUCAUUUGUAGAACUCCUUCAGAUAGCAGGGAUCAGUCCCCAUGGCAACGCUCUGGGGGCCUCCAUGCAGCAGCAGGCCAAUCAGCAGGCUCCUCAGGAGAUGAGGGGCGGGGACGUGUUAGACUCCACCCACACUGACAUCAAACUGGAGAAGAGCAACAUCGUGUUGCUAGGCCCCACCGGAUCAGGUUACUAAACUACUAAAUGUAUUCACUACACGUGGCAAAUUUAAACUAUUUUUGUCCAAAACAACUUACUGCUGUGAAAAUAUAUAUAUCCUUGUCUCAUGUCCAUUAAAAUAUUUCUCACUAUAUUUCCCAGGAAAGACAUUGUUGGCCCAGACCCUGGCCAAGUGUCUAGAUGUACCCUUUACCAUCUGUGAUUGUACCACCCUGACCCAGGCUGGCUAUGUUGGGGAGGACAUCGAGUCUGUUAUCGCCAAGCUGCUGCAGGAUGCCAACUACUCUGUGGACAAAGCACAGCAAGGUGGGUGGCUCACAAACUCUGUUUUCUGGUUCUCCGGGACUUAAAUAGAUCUGUUAUGCUUUUCGUGUACAGUACUUUGUAACUUGUGUGUAGUCUGAUGCAGGGAAUUAUUAAUAUUUUUUUUUUGCGGAUGAGAAUUCACUAUUCUCUUGUAGUUCAAAUAGAACUAUCUUAUUCACAUAAGCCCUCUGUACAAAAUCUAUAUCUGUUCAAUAUAAUGACCACAAUCUCACUAAGAUGUGGUACAGGCAUUGUGUUUCUGGGUUAUUUACAGUGCCUUCAGAAAGUAUUCACACCCCUUGACUUUUUGUUGUUACAGCCUGAAUUUUAAAAUUGAUUACAUUUAGAUUUUGUGUUACUGGCUUACAAACACAAUGCCCCAUAAUGUCAAAGUUGGCUACCUCAUCUUUGUGCCCCACACAUACAAUUAUCUGUGAGGUCCCUCAGUCGAGCAGAUUCAACCACAAAGACCAGGGAGGUUUUCCAAUGCCUCGCAAAGAAGGGCACCUAUUGGUAGAUGGGUAAAAAAAAAAGUAGACAUUGAAUAUCCCUUUGAGCAUGGUGAAGUUAUUAAUUACACUUUGGAUGGUGUAUCAAUACACCUAGUCACUACAAAGAUACAGGCGUCCUUCCUAACUCAGUUGUCGGAGAGGAAGGAAACCGCUCAGGGAUUUCGCCAUGAGGCCAAUGGUGACUUUAAAACAGUUACAGGGUUUAAUGGCUGAUGGUGAUCGGAGAGAACUGAGGAUGGAUCAACAACAUUGUAGUUACUCCACAAUACUAACCUAAUUGACAGAAUGAAAAGGAAGCCUGUACAUAAUAAAAAUAUUCCAAAACAUGCAUCCUGUUUGCAAUAAGGCACUAAAGUAACACUGCAAGAAAUGUGGCAAAGACAUUUAUUUUAUGUCCUGAAUACAAAUUGUUAUGUUUGGGGCAAAUCCAACACAUCACUGAGUACCACUUCAUAUUUUCAAGCAUAGGGGUGGCUGCGUAAUGUCAUGGGUAUGCUUGUCAUCGGCAAGGGAGUUUUUUUAGAAUAAAAAUAAAUGGAAUAGAGCUAAGCACAGGCAAAAUCCUAGAGGAAAUCCUGGUUCAGUCUGCUUUACAACAGACACUGGGAGACAAAUUCACCUUUCAGCAGGACAAAAACCUAAAACACAAGGCCAAAUAUACACUGGAGUUGCUUACCAAGACGACAUUGAAUGUUCCUGAGUGGCCUAGUUACAGUUUUGACUUAAAUCAGUUUUAAAUAAGUUCUAUCAAUGAUCAACAACCAACUUGACAGAGCUUGAAGAAUUAAAAAAACAUUGUGCGCAAAUAUUGUAAAAUCCAGGUGUGCAAAGCUCUUAGAGACUUACCCAGAAAGACUCACAGCUGUAAUCGCAUGCCAAAGGUGAUUCUAACAUGUAUUGACUCAGUGGUGUGAAUACAUCUGUAUUUCAUUUUCAAUACAUUUGCAAAGAUUUCUAAAACUAUGUUUUCACUUUGUCAUUAUGGGGUAUUGUGUGUAGAUCGGUGAGAUAUUUAAUCCAGUUUGAAUUCAGGCUGUAACACAACUACAUUUGGAAUAAAUCAAGGGGUAUGAAUACUUUCUGAAGGCACUGUAGUCGUUUUUACCUACUUUAGUUGAAUGUAAAUGUCUCCCUGUCCAGGCAUUGUGUUUCUGGAUGAGGUGGAUAAGAUCGGCAGUGUUCCUGGAAUCCACCAGCUCAGAGACGUAGGAGGAGAGGGAGUACAGCAGGCCAGUACUCAAGCCGUACUUUAUUAUCCAAAGCUUAGGAAACUCAUUUGGUCAACUUUACAUAAGUGACCAGACAUACGCUGAGAAUACAAAACAUUAAGAACACCCUGCUCUUUGUAGAUUGUCCCACUAAAGCCCAAACCAGAUGGGAUGGCGUGUCGCCUGCAGAAUGCUGUGGUAGCCAUGCUGGUUAAGUGUGCCUUGAAUUCUAAAUAAAUCACAGACCGUGUCACCAGCAAAACACCAUCACGUCUCCUCCUCCUUGCUUCACGGUGGGAACUACACAUGCAGAGAUCAUCCGUUCACCUACACUGCGUCUCACAAAGACACAGCGGUUGCAACCAAAAAUCUCCAAUUUGGACCCCAGACCAAAGGACAGAUUUCCACCGGUCUAAUGUCCAUUGCUCGUGUUUCUUGGCCUAAGCAAGUCUCUCCUUAUUAUUAAAAUUUUAGUCAUUUAGCAGACGCUCUUAUCCAGAGCGACUUACAGUUAGUGCAUUAUUACAUUAUUUUUAUUUUUCAUACUGGCCCCCCGUGGGAAUCGAACCCACAACCCUGGCGUUGCAAACGCCAUGCUCUACCAAAUGAGCUACAUCCCUGCCGGCCAUUCCCUCCCCUACCCUAGACAACGCUGGGCCAAUUGUGCGCCGCCCCAUGGGUCUCCCGGUCACGUCCGGCUACGGAUUCGAACCAGGAUCUCUAGUGGCACAGCUAGCACUGCCAUGCAGUGCCUUAGACCACUGCGCCACUCGGGAGGUGUCCUGAUUCACACAGUCUCCUCUGAACAGUUGAUGUUGAUGUGUCUGUUACUUGAACUCUGUGAAGCAUUUAUUUGGGCUGCAAUUUCUGAGGCUGGUAACUCUAAUGAAAUUAUCCUCUGCAGCAGAGGUAACUCUGGGUCUUCCUUUCCUGUGGCGGUCCUCAUGAGACCCAGUUUCAUCAUAGUGAUUGAUGGUUUUUGCGACUGCACUUGAAGAAACUUUCAAAGUUCUUCACAUUUUCCGGAUUGACUGACCUUCAUGUCUUAAAGUAAUGAUGGACUAUAAUUUGUCUUUGAUUAUUUGAGCUGUUCUUGCCAUAAUAUGGACUUGGUCUUUUACCAAAUAGGGCUAUCUUCUGUAUACCACCCCUACCUUGUCACAACACAACGGAUUGGCUCAAAUGCAUUAAGAAGGAAAGAAAUUCCACAAAUUAACUUUUAACAAGGCACACCUUUUUAAUUGAAAUGCAUUCAACUACCUCAUGAAGCUGGUUGAGAGAAUGCCAAGAGUGUGCAAAGAUAUGAAAUAUAUUUUGAUUUCAUUAACACUUUUUUGGUUACUACAUGAUUCCAUAUGUGUUAUUUCAUAAUUUUGAUAUCUUCACUAUUAUUCUACAAUGUAGAAAAUAGUCAAAAUUAAGAAAAACCCUUUAAUGAGUAGGUGUGUCCAAACUUUUGACUGGUACUGUAUAUAUAUUUAUUUAUAAAUUUUCUCUGAAAACUUUGGCCGCCAAAUGAAUCCACCUGCAGGCCAAAGUCGGCCCGCGGGCCACCAGUUGGGGAACCCUGUUGUAGAGUGUUACCUUACGGGAUGGGAGAUAUCAGUGAUUUGACGUCUGUGUUUUCUGAAUGUAGGGCCUGCUGAAACUCCUGGAGGGCACGAUAGUGAACGUCCCAGAGAAGAACUCCAGGAAGCUGAGAGGAGAGACGGUGCAGGUGGACACCACUAACAUCCUGUUCGUAGCGUCAGGAGCCUUCAACGGACUCGACAGAAUCGUCAGCAGACGGAAGAAUGAAAAGGUUAGCAAGAAGAAAAAUAAAAUAAAAAUUUCCCUCAUUGUAUCGACACAGAACUGUAAAACGGCUGCGGUCCUUUUUUAUUCUGUUCACUGGUUUUCAAGAGACUCGGUCAACAGUCUCUCUAAUCUGAGCAAUCUGCAGUUGCUACAUCCAUUUAAUAAUAUGUACCCAUUGAUUCUUGAAGAAUAUAAAUUAUAAAUAAAUACCUAAUGAGCUUAAAUUCAACAGUCGUACCCCAUCAGAACCUACACUGAACAAAAAUAUAAACGCAACAUGCAACAAUUUCAAAGAUUUUACUGAGUGACAGUUCAUAUAAGGAAGUCAGUCAAUUGAAAUAUAUUCAUUAGGCCCUAAUCUAUGGAUUUGACAUGACUGGGAAUACAGAUAUGCAUCUGGUCACAGAUACCUUAAAAAAAAAAAAAAAAAAAGUAGGGGCGUGGAUCAAAACUAGUCAGUAUCUGGUGUGACCACCAUUUGCCUCAUACAGCGCGACACAUCUCCUUCGCAUAGAGUUAAUCAGGCUGUUGAUUGUGGCCUGUGGAAUGUUAUCCCACUCCUCAUUGGCUGUGUGAAGUUGCUGGAUAUUGGCUGGAACUGGAACAUGCUGUCGUACACGUCGAUCCAGAGCAUCCCAAACAUGCUCAAUGGGUGAUAUGUCUGGUGAGUAUGCAGGCCAUGGAAGAACUGGGACAUUUUCAGCUUCCAGGAAUUGUGCACAGAUCCUUGCGACAUGGGGCCGUGCAUUAUCAUGCUGAAACAUGAGGUGAUGGCGGCGGAUGAAUGGCACGACAAUGGGCCUCAGGAUCUCGUCACGGUAUUUCUGUGCAUUCAAAUUGCCAUCGAUAAAAUGCAAUUGUGUUUGUUGUCCGUAGCUUAUGCCUGCCCAUACCAUAACCCCACCGCCACCAUGGGGCACUCUGUUCACAAUGUUGACAUCAGCAAACCGUGAAGAGCACACUUAUCCAGCGUGCCAGUGGCCAUCGAAGGUGAGCAUUUGCCCACUGAAGUCGGUUACGACGCCAAACUGCAGUCAGGUUAAGACCCUGGUGAGGACGUCGAGCACGCAGAUGAGCUUCCCUGAGACGGUUUCUGACAGUUUGUGCAGAAAUUAUUUGGUUGUGCAAACCCACAGUUUCAUCAGCUGUCCGGGUGGCUGGUCUCAGACGAUCCCGCAGGUGAAGAAGCCGGAUGUGGAGGUCCUGGGCUGGCGUGGUUACACUUGGUCUGCGGUUGUGAGACCGGUUGGACGUACUGACAAAUUCUAUAAAACGACGUUGGAGGCGGCUUAUAGUAGCGAAAUGAACAUUUUGAUUAUCUGGCAACAGCUCUGGUGGACAAUCCUGUAAUCAGCAAGCCAGUUGCACACUCCCUCCAUUUAAAAAAAUAAUAAUAAUUUUUAGCUCACCAAACAUUUUAUGUUGCAUUUAUAUUUUUGUUCAGUAUAAAAUAGAAGCUUGUUCAACUCCGUUGUCUGUAAUCAAAGUAAAUGUAAACUAACACUAUAUAGCCUCAACAUGGUUAAAACUGUAAUUGUGAUGUCAUGGAUGGUCAGUCCUUGCAUCCACAGCUCUGUCUGUUUAAUCUGAGAGUGGGUACAUUUCUCCAUCCCCAUCACUCUGCUUUUUACCAAAACAGUGGCAGGGUGUCACUUUGUUAUUGUUUGAACUGAUGGUUACCGCUUUAAUGUAGUAUUUUAAUGAAUGGAACAUGAAUGUCUAGGCCUGCCUCUCCUAGAUGACGUCUCAUUUCUUCAGUGUUUUAGACCACGUGUUUUCCUUAACCUUCUCCUCUCUGGUCCCUCUCCGCCUGUGUAGUACCUGUUGUUCACCCACUAAUCGUCUCUUUUUUUUCUUCUAGUACCUGGGCUUCGGGACGCCCUCCAACAUGGGUAAGGGUCGCCGUGCGGCGGCAGCGGCCGACCAGGCUAACAGCAGUGAACAGACGGACAUGGUGGCAGAGAUGGAGGAGAAGGACCGGCUGCUGAAGCUCGUGGAGGCCCGGGACCUCAUUGAGUUUGGGAUGAUCCCGGAGUUCGUGGGGCGUCUGCCAGUGGUGGUGCCUCUGCACAGUCUGGAUGAAGAGACUCUGGUCCGCAUCCUGACAGAACCACGUAACGCUGUCAUACCCCAGUACCAGGCCCUGUUCAGCAUGGACAAGGUUAGUAGUAGUAGUGGUCUCAGUACCAGGCCCUGUUCAGCAUGGACAAGGUGAGGAAAGAAAGGCCUUUCUCAGGACUGGAAGAACAACUCUACUGCUGAGGAUGCACUAGCUCCAUACAGCUGACAGGACUGCUGGCUACUUAGCAGACACAAACUAGACAGAUAAUAUUGUCAUUUAUCAAGGCUGUGUUUGUCAUGUUUUAGUCUAACCCAAGUCUUUUGGAUGUACAUAUCACAUUCACUCUGCCUGUGUCUCGGUUCCUGUUAUAACAUUUACGUCAUUUAGCAGACGCUCUUAUCCAGAGCGACUUACAAAUUGGUGCAUUCACCCUAUAACCAGUGGGAUAACCACUUUACAAUUAAAAAAAAAAAAAAAAUUAAGAGGGGGCGGGGGGGUAGAAGGAUUGCUUUAUCCUAUCCCAGGUAUUCCUUAAAGAGGUGGGGUUUCAAAUGUCUCCGGAAGGUGGUGAGUGACUCCGCUGUCCUGGCGUCGUGAGGGAGCUUGUUCCACCAUUGGGGUGCCAGAGCAGCGAACAGUUUUGACUGGGCUGAGCGGGAACUAUGCUUCCGCAGAGGAAGGGGAGCCAGCAGGCCAGAGGUGGAUGAACGCAAUGCCCUCGUUUGGGUGUAGGGACUGAUCAGAGCCUGAAGGUACGGAGGUGCCGUUCCCCUCACAGCUCCAUAGGCAAGCACCAUGGUCUUGUAACAGAUGCGAGCUUCAACUGGAAGCCAGUGGAGUGUGCGGAGGAGCGGGGUGACGUGAGAGAACUUGGGAAGGUUGAACACCAGACGGGCUGCGGCAUUCUGGAUGAGUUGUAGGGGUUUAAUGGCACAGGCAGGGAGCCCAGCCAACAGCGAGUUGCAGUAAUCCAGACGGGAGAUGACAAGUGCCUGGAUUAGGACCUGUGCCGCUUCCUGUGUAAGGCAGGGUCGUACUCUCCGAAUGUUGUAGAGCAUGAACCUGCAGGAUCGGGUCACCGCCUUGAUGUUAGCGGAGAACGACAGGGUAUUGUCCAGGGUCACGCCAAGGCUCUUCGCACUCUGGGAGGAGGACACAACGGAGUUCUCAACCGUGAUGGCGAGAUCAUGGAACGGGCAGUCCUUCCCCGGGAGGAAGAGCAGCUCCGUCUUGCCAAGGUUCAGCUUGAGGUGGUGAUCCGUCAUCCAUACUGAUAUGUCUGCCAGACAUGCAGAGAUGCGAUUCGCCACCUGGUUAUCAGAAGGGGGAAAGGAGAAGAUUAGUUGUGUAUCGUCAGCGUAGCAAUGAUAGGAGAGGCCAUGUGAGGAUAUGACGGAGCCAAGUGACUUGGUGUAUAGCGAGAAUAGGAGAGGGCCUAGAACUGAGCCCUGGGGGACACCAGUGGUGAGAGCACGUGGUGCGGAGACAGCUUCUCGCCACGCCACUUGGUAGGAGCGACCGGUCAGGUAGGACGCAAUCCAAGAGUGAGCCGCGCCAGAGAUGCCCAGCUCGGAGAGGGUGGAGAGGAGGAUCUGAUGGUUCACAGUAUCAAAGGCAGCAGACGGGUCUAGAAGGACAAGAGCAGAGGAGAGAGAGUUAGCUUUAGCAGUGCGGAGAGCCUCCGUGACACAGAGAAGAGCAGUCUCAGUUGAAUGACCAGUCCUGAAACCUGACUGGUUAGGAUCAAGAAGGUCAUUCUGAGAGAGAUAGCAAGAGAGUUGGCUAAAGACGGCACGCUCAAUAGUUUUGGAAAGAAAAGAAAGAAGGGAUACUGGUCUGUAGUUGUUGACAUCAGAGGGAUCGAGUGUUGGUUUUUUGAGAAGAGGUGCAACUCUCGCUCUCUUGAAGACGGAAGGGACAUAGCCAGCGGUCAAGGAUGAGUUGAUCAGCGAGGUGAGGUAGGGGAGAAGGUCACCGGAGAUGGUCUGGAGAAGAGAGGAGGGGAUGGGGUCAAGCGGGCAGGUUGUUGGGCGGCCUGCAGUCACAAGUCGCAAGAUUUUAUCUGGAGAGAGAGGGGAGAAAGAAGUCAAAGCAUAAGGUAGGGCAGUGUGAGCAGGACCAGCAGUGUCAUUAGACUUAACAAACGAGGAUCGGAUGUCGUCAACCUUCUUUUCAAAGUGGUUGACGAAGUCAUCCACAGAGAGGGAGGAGGAGGGGGGGGGAGGAGGAUUCAGCAGGGAGGAGAAUGUGGCAAAGAGCUUCCUAUGGUUAGAGGCAGAUGCUUGGAAUUUAGAGUGGUAGAAAGUGGCCUUAGCAGCAGAAACAGAUGAAGAAAAUGUAGAGAGGAGGAAGUGAAAAGAUGCCAGGUCCGCAGGGAGUCUAGUUUUCUUCCAUUUCCGCUCAGCUGCCCGGAGCUCUGUUCUGUGAGCUCGCAAUGAGUCAUCAAGCCACGGAGCUGGAGGGGAGGACUGAGCCGGCCGGGAGGAUAGGGGACAUAGAGAGUCAAAGGAUGCAGAAAGGGAGGAGAGGAGGGUUGAGGAGGCAGAAUCAGGAGAUUGGAGGGAGAAGGAUUGAGCAGAGGGAAGAGAUGAUAGGAUGGAAGAGGAGAGAGUAGUGGGAGAGAGAGAGCGAAGGUUGCGGCGGCGCAUUACCAUCUGUGUAGGGGCAGAGUGAGUAGUGUAGGAGGAGAGCGAGAGAGAAAAUGAUACAAAGUAGUGGUCGGAGACAUGGAGGGGAGUUGCAGUGAGAUUAGUAGAAGAGCAGCAUCUAGUAAAGAUGAGGUCAAGCGUAUUGCCUGCCUUGUGAGUAGGGGGGGGGCGGUGAGAGGGUGAGGUCAAAAGAGGAGAGGAGUGGAAAGAAGGAGGCAGAGAGAAAUGAGUCAAAUGUAGACGUAGGGAGGUUGAAAUCCCCCAAAACUGUGAGGGGUGAGCCAUCCUCAGGAAAGGAACUUAUCAAGGCGUCAAGCUCAUUGAUGAACUCUCUAAGGAAACCUGGAGGGCGAUAGAUGACAAGGAUAUUAAGCUUAAAUGGGCUAGUGACUGUGACAGCAUGGAAUUCAAAUGAGGAGAUAGACAGAUGGGUUAGGGGAAAAAUUGAGAAUGUCCACUUGGGAGAGAUGAGGAUUCCUGUGCCACCACCCCUCUGACCAGAUGCUCUCGGGGUAUGCGAGAACACAUGGUCAGACGAGGAGAGAGCAAUAGGAGUAGCAGUGUUUUCAGUGGUAAUCCAUGUUUCCGUCAGCGCCAGGAAGUCGAGGGACUGGAGGGUAGCAUAGGCUGGGAUGAAGUCAGCCUUGUUGGCAGCAGAACGGCAGUUCCAGAGGCUGCCUGAGACCUGGAACUCCAGGUGUGUGGUGCGUGCAGGGACCACCAGGUUAGAGAGGCAGCAGCCACGCGGUGUGAGGCGUUUGUGUAGCCUGUGCGGAGAGGAGAGAACAGGGAUAGGCAGAGGCAUAGUUGACAGGCUGUAGCAGAUGGCUACAAUAAUGCAGAGGAGAUCGGAAUGAAAUGAACUAAACAUCUGGGAAAGGAGAGAGCAGGGCCUCCCUCACCAAAACUCCCAAAUAUAACUCGCCCAACUUCCACCUCAGAAACUGUAAUUGUUUCACUGAACCACCCGAAUAAAACUCUCCCAACUUCCACUUUAGAAAUUAGAAUUGUUGUAAACUACAGCGGUUCAAUGUUUCAAGGAAUAGACUCAACUUACUUUAUUCAGCUAGCUAACUAUGACGCCAUAGUUAACUAGCAUGCUAGCAUCCAAUAACACACAGUUUAGCACCAAUACUUGGUUACAACAAACUACCAAUAGUGUGUUAACACACUAAACAGAUAAUUAGUGUCCGUGUCUAGUUCCUUUCAUAACGCAGCAAUAAUUAAACGUUGGCUAGCUAGCACAAAGAUAUUGUAUUUAGCUGCUACAGUACAGCUAGCUGGUAGUGUUGGCUAGCUAGCAAUGGCUGCUCUGUUGACUUUGUUUGAAAAACGGCGUCGCUGCGAACGAAUGUAGCUGGCUAAAAGGAUAUUGUAUUUAGUUGCUACCGUUGCUAAUAGCUACUCGCCAGCUAGUCCAGGAGGUGAGUUAGCUAGCUAGCUUCGUGCUACACCCGGCACCGCCGAAUACAAUACUAACCUACAAUAAUUACAUACAAUAACUACCCACAACAACCCACGAUGCCUACCUACAAUACCUAACUACAAUCUAAAUACAUAGUUUAAGCCUUACUCGACAAAGCCCAAGCUAUGUAUAAAGCCAAACUUACCCGACGCCAGCUGUCUGGGUGGCAGACAAGAAGACAUUGGUCUUCUGCAAUCAGUAGCUGUAAUUAAGUACAGUAGCUACUAACUACCUAACGUUAAUGCUUCAGAUAAUGAGGUUAGAAAAACAGCUGAAUGGUAGGUAGCUAGCUGGCUUAAUUACAGGUACUCUUAAGCGUGAAAUAACAUUGGAAACAACUAUCCACAGUUGCUAAAAGUUACCAGUAGCUACCCGCUAGCUAGCUAGCUCUAUUGGUCCAGGUAGUGGGUUAGCUAGCCUCGUGCUUCACCGGGCUCAGCCGAAUACAAUACUUACCUACAAUAAUUACCUACAAUAACCUACAAUAACUACCUAAAUAACGUUCCUCUCUCUGUGAUUUGUGUUCCAGUGUGAACUGAAUGUAACCACAGAUGCACUGAGGGCCAUCGCCAGGCUGGCUCUGGACAGGAAGACGGGAGCCCGUGGCCUGAGGUCCAUCAUGGUCAGUCAAUACAACGUGCUCAAUUCCUAUACAUUUGGUAUUUGAGUCUUUAUCAGCAGUAAGAAUAUACACAGAACGGAUUCGGUUGCUGAUGGUAAAUCUAAGUGAUAUUUCUACUAUGGUGAGUGACUGUGACAGUGUAAUGAAGCAAGAAAUUCAUGAAUGAAUGUCCUGUUUCAGUUUUCUGACACUGCUGUGUGAAAUCUCUCUUUUUUUUUUUUUUUAUACAGGAGAAGCUUCUUCUGGAGCCAAUGUUUGAGGUGCCGUGUUCAGACAUCAUGGCCGUGGAGUUAACGGAGGACGUUGUCCAGGGUAGAUCAGAACCACAAUACGUCAGGUUAGUCAGCACCUGUUAGGAUCUUACUGUCACUUGGCUUCGUACUGUCUGUGUUUUUAUUGCUGUACUUAUCUCUUGCCACUUGCCAGGCCACCAUUAAUUGACUUGCCUGGUUAAGUAAAAGUUAAAUUAAUAGAUACAGUGGGGGGGGGGGGGGGGGGGGGGAGUAUUUAGUCAGCCACCAAUUGUGCAAGUUCUCCCACUUAAAAAGAUGAGAGAGGCCUGUAAUUUUCAUCAUAGGUACACGUCAACUAUGACAGACAAAUUGAGGGGAAAAAAGUCCAGAAAAUCACAUUGUAGGAUUCUUUAAUGAAUUUAUUUGCAAAUUAUGGUGGAAAAUAAGUAUUUGGUCACCUACAAACAAGCAAGAUUUCUGGCUCUCACAGACCUGUAACUUCUUCUUUAAGAGGCUCCUCUGUCCUCCACUCGUUACCUGUAUUAAUGGCACCUGUUUGAACUUAUCAGUAUAAAAGACACCUGUCCACAACCUCAAACAGUCACACUCCAAACUCCACUAUGGCCAAGACCAAAGAGCUGUCAAAGGACACCAGAAACAAAAUUGUAGACCUGCACCAGGCUGGGAAGACUGAAUCUGCAAUAGGUAAGCAGCUUGGUUUGAAGAAAUCAACUGUGGGAGCAAUUAUUAGGAAAUGGAAGACAUACAAGAACGGUGAGCAAAAAUCCCAGAACCACACGGGGGGACCUAGUGAAUGACCUGCAGAGAGCUGGGACCAAAGUAACAAAGCCUACCAUCAGUAACACACUACGCUGCCAGGGACUCAAAUCCUGCAGUGCCAGACGUGUUCCCCUGCUUAAGCCAGAACAUGUCCAGGCCCGUCUGAAGUUUGCUAGAGUGCAUUUGGAUGAUCCAGAAGAGGAUUGGGAGAAUGUCAUAUGGUCAGAUGAAACCAAAAUAUAACUUUUUGGUAAAAACUCAACUCGUCGUGUUUGGAGGACAAAGAAUGCUGAGUUGCAUCCAAAGAACACCAUACCUACUGUGAAGCAUGGGGGUGGAAACAUCAUGCUUUGGGGCUGUUUUUCUGCAAAGGGACCAGGACGACUGAUCCGUGUAAAGGAAAGAAUGAAUGGGGCCAUGUAUCGUGUGAGAUUUUGAGUGAAAACCUCCUUCCAUCAGCAAGGGCAUUGAAGAUGAAACGUGGCUGGGUCUUUCAGCAUGACAAUGAUCCCAAACACACCGCCCGGGCAACGAAGGAGUGGCUUCGUAAGAAGCAUUUCAAGGUCCUGGAGUGGCCUAGCCAGUCUCCAGAUCUCAACCCCAUAGAAAAUCUUUGGAGGGAGUUGAAAGUCUGUGUUGCCCAGCGACAGCCCCAAAACAUCACUGCUCUAGAGGAGAUCUGCAUGGAGGAAUGGGCCAAAAUACCAGCAACAGUGUGUGAAAACCUUGUGAAGACUUACAGAAAACGUUUGACCUGUGUCAUUGCCAACAAAGGGUAUAUAACAAAGUAUUGAGAAACUUUUGUUAUUGACCAAAUACUUAUUUUCCAACAUAAUUUGCAAAUAAAUUCAUAAAAAAUCCUACAAUGUGAGUUUCUGGAUUUUUUUUUCUCAUUUUGUCUGUCAUAGUUGACGUGUACCUAUGAUGAAAAUUACAGGUGCCUCUCAUCUUUUUAAGUGGGAGAACUUGCACAAUUGUUGGCUGACUAAAUACUUUUCCCCCCCCACUGUAAAUACCAACCAUAUCAGUCAAAGGUCUAUUGGUUUCAUCAUGCCGGAGGUAUGUUAAGAUCAGAACACUGAGUACUGAAACCUGACCUGAAGUUCCCAUGUAAUGUUCCCAAGUGAAAACACCUCAACAGACCGUACCUUGGCUCCACUACCACUAAUACUGACCCCCCUCUCUCUCUCUGCAUAACUAACCCUACCACUAAUACUGACCCCCCUCUCUCUCUCUGCAUAACUAACCCUACCACUAAUACUGACCCCCCUCUCUCUCUCUGCAUAACUAACCCUACCACUAAUACUGACCCCCCUCUCUCUCUCUGCAUAACUAACCCUACCACUAAUACUGACCCCCCCCUCUCUCUCUGCAUAACUAACCCUACCACUAAUACUGACCCCCCUCUCUCUACAUAACUAACCCUACCACUAAUACUGACCCCCCCUCUCUCUCUCUGCAUAACUAACCCUACCACUAAUACUGACCCCCCCCCCCCCCCUCUCUCUCUCUACAUAACUAACCCUACCACUAAUACUGACCCCCCUCUCUCUCUCUGCAUAACUAACCCUACCACUAAUACUGACCCCCCCUCUCUCUCUACAUAACUAACCCUACCACUAAUACUGACCCCCCUCUCUCCCUCUGCAUAACUAACCCUACCACUAAUACUGACCCCCUCUCUCUACAUAACUAACCCUACCACUAAUACUGACCCCCCCUCUCUCUCCUCUGCAUAACUAACCCUACCACUAAUACUGACCCCCCCCCCCCCCUCUCUCUACAUAACUAACCCUACCACUAAUACUGACCCCCCCUCUCUCUCUCUGCAUAACUAACCCUACCACUAAUACUGACCCCCCCUCUCUCUCUCUGCAUAACUAACCCUACCACUAAUACUGACCCCCCCCCUCUCCCUCUGCAUAACUAACCCUACCACUAAUACUGACCCCCCUCUCUCUCUCUGCAUAACUAACCCUACCACUAAUACUGACCCCCCUCUCUCUCUCUACAUAACUAACCCUACCACUAAUACUGACCCCCCCCCCCCUCUCUCCCUCUGCAUAACUAACCCUACCACUAAUACUGACCCCCCUCUCUCUCUCUGCAUAACUAACCCUACCACUAAUAAUGACCCCCCUCUCUCUCUCUACAUAACUAACCCUACCACUAAUACUGACCCCCCCCUCUCUCUCUCUGCAUAACUAACCCUACCACUAAUACUGACCCCCCCCCCUCUCUCCCUCUGCAUAACUAACCCUACCACUAAUACUGACCCCCCCCCCCCCCCCUCUCUCCCUCUGCAUAACUAACCCUACCACUAAUACUGACCCCCCCCCCUCUCUCCCUCUGCAUAACUAACCCUACCACUAAUACUGACACCCCUCUCUCUCUCUCUCUGCAUAACUAACCCUACCACUAAUACUGACCCCCCCCUCUCUCUACAUAACUAACCCUACCACUAAUACUGACCCCCCCUCUCUCUCUUCUGCAUAACUAACCCUACCACUAAUACUGACCCCCCUCUCUCUCUCUGCAUAACUAACCCUACCACUAAUACUGACCCCCCCUCUCUCUCUCUGCAUAACUAACCCUACCACUAAUACUGACCUUCCUCUCUCUUAGUACUCUGCAUAACUAACCCUAAGAGCGUCUACUAAAUGACUAAAAUGUAAAUACCUUUCCAGGGCUCCAGUGAAGGAGGCAGCAGAGGAGGAGUAUGACUCUGGUACCGAAGAGGAGAACUGGUCCAGACAGGUGGACGCAGCAGCCAACAACUGAUUUGAUCCCCCUGUCCUUUACUUUCACUCAUUUUCAAGAACUCCUACAUAAUCUACACACAGUGUAAUCUAGAAUCAUUAGAACACCUUCUAGAACCUUUGGAAGCCAGUUGUGGGUUCCUCGAAUUCCAGCCUCUGAGACUCCUACAGGCCACUACUGAAACUACAACACAAUGAAACACAUUGUUUCUUGACCCUCUCUUUCUCCUUUUCACUCUCUUUCUCCUUUUCACUCUCUUUCUCUUUUUCUCUCUCUUUUUUUCUCUCUUUCUCUUUCUCUUUCUCUUUCUCUUUCUCUUUCUCUUUCUCUUUCUCUCUCUCUCUCUCUCUCUCUCUCUCUCUCUCUGAAAGUGUUUUGAUAAUGAACAACAAGGAUGUGAGAUCUGUAAAUACCUUUUUGGUCCUGUGAAUCAGAUGGGAAUUAUUUAGUUAUAAAUCAAGGGCUGCUAACGAGGUGGACCUUUUUAUAGUAUAUAUAUUUUCCAUCUUUGGGGAUUGCCUUCUAUCUAUCGUAAGAGAACGCAAUUUUUAUUCUUAAUGAUUUAAAUAGGGGAUUGUGUUUCUCUCUUGUGUUGUGGUGAUGGCAGGUUGAAAUGGCAAAGGAAACAAAUAUAACAUGAAUGGGACACUAUAUUGUACACUUGAAGACAUAGCCAGGGCUAGGAAUGUUCAGUUUUUGUAUCUUCAAUGUUACACAACAAUAUACAACUAAUACCCUGACUGUCACCGGCAGACCUGGGUUCAAAUACUAUUCAACAUUUUUUACAAAUACUUUGCCACUUGCCAGGUAGGUAGGGGUUCACACUGUUGAAACUAUUUUAUUGAUUCCAUUGCGCCAGGAAAGCUUAAUCAAGCCGAGCUAAAUAAUUUUAAAAGUAGUAUUUGAACCCAGGUCUGGUCACCGGAGCGUGAUAUUCCACGAUGAGCACAUCAUUAUUGUGAUGUUUUUCUAUGGAGUAAAAAAAAAAAAAAAAAAAAAAACAUUCUUGCACUAAUUUCACUCCAUAUCUCUUCUUAUCCACCAUUGUACUAAUGGUGUUCAUAAUUAACAUAACUGAGCUGUAUAUGUUGUUAAUAAGCAUCAGUGCUGCUUAGAAAAAGUGUAUAAUCUUGUAUCACAGGAACACACCUGUAAAGUGAUUAGGGAAAACAUGUGUACUACACCCUACACCAGCACACUGAACAGUACGGGCAGCGUCCAAAAUGGCACCCUAUUCGACUGUCCAAAAUGGCACCCUAUUCGACUAGGGCCUCUGGUCAAAGGUAGUGCACUAUAUAGGGAAUAGGCUGCCAUUUUCAGACGCAGAACAGUUGUGUGUAGAAGUGACCUUUUUACAAAUUUAAAGAAUGGUUAUUUCUGUACUGUUGUAUACCCCUCCAGCUGUAAACCCAUUCUCUACUAGGGAAUGUAUGCAUGUCUGCUCUCUCUAACCUCGCAGGAUUACCGUUUGGAUUAAUUUCAAAGGUAAAUUAUAUGUGAAACGCCCCAAAGUUGUGAAAAAUCUCCACAUUUUAUUGAUGUGAUUUGUUUUAAAUAUUAUAAAUAAAAUGUAUAUCUCUAUUACUGUCAAUGUAGAUUGUUUUAAAAGCUUAUUUGUGCUGUUUUUGUUUGAACUCCACUUGCAAUGCCAUGUGGCACCACUGAGGGGCACCACUGAGGGCCACCAUGACUACCAUGGCUCUACCUCCACAUGUCAGAGAGCAGAACUGGCCAUGUGUAAUCUGUGUUGUAAGUGUGUUGUUCAACACAUUCCUGUUUCUCAACUCAUCAGCAUUUCCCUAAUCCUCUCCCUUCAGCCUCCCUGUUACUUUUCAGGAAAACACACACCCAAGAACUGGAGGUUGCAUAGGUAGGUAGGUAGGUAGGUAGGUAGGUGGGGGGGGGGGGGGGGGGUUAAGAACAUUUGUUCCAUAAAUAAAAUAAAAAACUAAAAGCUGAUUUUAACUAACUCAAUGGUAACUAAUUAACUUAUCAACUGCAGCAGAGGUAACUCUGGGUCUUCCUUUCCUGUGGCGGUGCUCAUGAGAACCAGUUUCAUCAUAGCGCUUGAUGGUUUUUGUGACUGCACUUGAAGAAACUUUCAAAGUUAUUCACAUUUUCCGGAUUUACUGACCUUCAUGUCUUAAAGUAAUGAUGGACUGUCGUUUCGCUUUGCUUAUUUGAGCUGUUCUUGCCAUAACAUGGACUUGGUCUUUUACCAAAUAGAGCUAUCUAAUGUAUACCCCCCCUACUUUGAAGAAUCUCAAAUAUAAAAUAUUUUGAUUUGUUUAACGCUUUUUUGGUUACUACAUGAUGUGUUAUUUCAUAGUUUUGAUGUUUUCACUAUUAUUCAACAAUGUAGAAAAUAGUAAAAAAUAAAGAAACCCUUGAAUGAGUAGGUGUGUCCAAACUUUUGACUGGUACUGCAUUUUCAGGUCUCUCCAGAGAUGUUCGAUAGGGUUAAAGUCAGGGCUCUGGCUGGGCCACUCAAGGACAUUCAGAGACUUGUCCCGAAGCCACUCCUGCGUUGUCUUGGCUGUGUGCUUAGGGUCGUUGUUCUGUUGGAAGGUGAACCUUAGCCCCAGUCUGAGGUCCUGAGCGCUCUGGAGCAGGUUUUCAUCAAGGAUCUCUCUGUACAUUGCUCCGUUCAUCUUUGCCUCGAUCCUGACUAGUCUCCCAGUCCCUGCCUACGGCGGCCAGAUCUAGGAAGAGUCCUGGUGGUUCCACAUUUCUUCCAUUUAAGAAUGAUGGUGGCCACUGUGUUAUUGGGGACCUUCAAUGCUGCAGAAAUGUUUUGGUACCCAGAUCUGUGCCUUGACACAAUCCUGUCUCGGAGCUCUGUGGACAAUUCCUUCGACCUCAUGGCUUGGUUUUUGCUGUGACAUACACUGUCAACUGUGGGACCUUAUAUAGACAGGUGUGUGCCUUUCCAAAUCAUGUCCAAUCAUUUGAAUUUACCACAGGUGGACUCCAAUCAAGUUGUAGAAACAUCACAAGGAUGAUCAAUGGAAACAGGAUGCACCUGAGCUCAAUUUUUAGUCUCAUAGCAAAGGGUCUGAAUACUUAUGUAAAUAAAAAUGUUUAAUUUCUAAAAACCUGUUUUUCGCUUUGUCAUUAUGGGGUAAUGUGUGUAGAUUGCUGAGGAUUUUUAUUUAACCAAUGUUAGAAUAAGGCUAAUGUAACAAAAAUUUGGAAAAAGUCAAGGGGUCUGAAUACUUUUCUGAAGGGCACUGUACAUCAUGGGUUCCACUCCAUCAAUGAGUAGUUAAUAGUAAUGUGAUGUCAACACAUCUGAUGAUGUCAGACAGGGCGGGGGCUUAUACCUGAGCAAGAGAAUUAGCUCGUGUGUUCAUACUUAAGCUAAGUCAUUUACCGUACAUCUGUCCUGUCAACACGUCACACACGGUGGACCGCUGAGAGGACCGCUGAGAGAGGUGAGUACUGCAAGGAAUGUGUGUGAUCGAUAAUUUUAAGAUGAGAACUGCCUUGCCUGCCAUCUAUUCAUAUUGAUGACUAUAAGCCUUUCGUGUUUCUAGAUAUGACAUGUUUCCUAUUAAAUCUGCCUUCGCUGUCAUACUGACAGAAUGUUGUAUUUCAAUUUCACCAAGGGAAUAGAGAACUAGUUUAGACCAGUUUAGUUUGUUCUUUAGUUUUUUUGAAUGUGUGUUAUUUGUGUGUGUGUGUGUGUGUGUGAGUACGUACGUGUGUGCUUGCGUUUGUGUGCAUGAGUCUCUGUGUAAAGCUAUGUGUCCUCGGUGUAAGUGUGUGGGUUUCAUUGUUUUACUGUGUAUACAGACAGGAUGACCAGUCUAGAGGAGGUUCCCUUUUAAGAGCCCUCUGGGAUCACCACAGGAGCUGGGGCCCCUGGGACGAGAGAUGGAGCUGGUUAUGGCCCCAGAUCUCACCAUAUCAGACUACCUCCAGAUACUACGAGACACUGAGGCUAGUUAAAUGGCUUACGGCUAUGUGAUGUAGUUUUGUGAUUAUGCUGGCAGGUUGCCUAGAGAUUAUAUGAGACGGGCUUCUGAAGCACAGGGUUUGAUUCCCAAGUCCAAUGAAAAUAUAUUUGGUGGGAUUCUAUAAAUACUAUUUUAGACGCAAUCUCCUGCCGUUGUACUCUUGAGCAGGGCAAUUAACACCUAAACUGACAAUGAACAAUCAAGUACACUGCAUUCGGGAAAGUAUUCAGACCCCUUGACUUUUUCCAUAUUUUGUUACGUUACAGCCUUAUUCUAAAAUGAAUUAAAUUGUUUUUAAAAAUCCUCAUCAAUCUACACGCAAUACCCCAUAAUGACAAAGCAAAAACAGGUUUUUAGAAAUGUUGGCAAAGUAUUUAAAAUAAAAAACAUACCUUAUUUACAUAAGUAUUCAGACCUUUUGCUAUGAGACUUGAAAUUGUGCUCCGGUGCAUCCUGUUUCCAUUGAUCACCCUUGAGAUGUUUCUACAACUUGAUUGGAGUCUACCUGUAUAAAUUCAAUUGAUUGGACAUGAUUUGGAAAGGCACACACCUGUCUAUAUAAGGUCCCAUAGUUGACAGUGCAUGUCAGAGCAAAACCCAAGCCAUGAGGUCGAAGGAAUUGUCCGUAGAGCUCCGAGACAGGAUUGUGUCGACGCACAGAUCUGGGGAAGGGUACCAAAAAAUGUCUGCAGCAUUGAAGGUCCCCAAGAACACAGUGGCCUCCAUCAUUCUUAAAUGGAAGAUAUAGGAUUAUUUUAUGUAUCAUUAUGGCACAUGUAGGGAGAUGCCAAAGGUAAAAUAUAAUAAACAUGUUUGAUAUUUUAUAAUUCAGAUACAUGCUUAAAUAAGGAAUAUAGACAUGUAGAAUAUGCUGUGUUUUAAAUGAAUGCAUGUGUUCUUUCACAGAGGCUCUCAAACAGUGUGCAUUACAUUAGUUUUUUUAAGAAGGGGCCUAAGCCACGCAGCCAAUAGAAUGAUAGAAUGAGAGGCUUCAUAUAGAAAAAAAAGCAUUCAUGACAUUUUAGAGUGGACAUUGUGUGACAGCUGGACGUUGAAAAAGAAGGGUGGGGCAGAACUAAAAUAAGUUAGGAAUGUAUGCAUGUUUUUUCAUUUGUGUGUGUAUAUAAGAGAUCUCUAAGCCAGAGAGAGACAGUUGUUCCAUGGAGCAAGCUCGGCUUUGUUAUGCAAUAAAGUCUAAUUCUUGGAUUCACAAGCUCCGGUGUCUUGAGAGAUAUUUUUGAGUUGAUUAUCUAUUAGUCAAAUAUUUCUACAACAUAAUUGGCGAGCUUGCCAGGAGUUGAAAAAUAGGGAUCAGAGACGGUGUACAUCUGCAGUUGUGAAACGGCUUGGACGGACCAUUCAAACAAAAGCGGCCGCUUUUAAGAGGUAAGCCAAGUUCUUACUUAUAUAGUAUAACGUUUGUGUGGUUCGAUCCGGGGCUCGGCAACAUCUGCAGAAAUACCUAGUAGGUCUCUCCAAAUAUAAGAACCAGAAAAUUAGACACUGGGAGCUUUUGAAUUUAAAAUACAUGCUAAAUGAUGAAAAGCCUCGAGGGUUGCAAUAAGUAGAAAAUAGUAUAAAUAGGUCUACCUGGGUUGGUGUAGGUCAGUCAUUGUGGUUGAGUGGGGUGGGUUAUCUGUCUCGUUUGAGUUGAUCAUUUGGUCAGUAUGAAUGCAUCUGUUUGACUAAACCGACGGUUUGACGCGUCUUGUACUCGUCAAUGACACUCGGUUGUUCGUCUGAACCGUUUCUUCAAAACAUUUGAUUAAAUUGUUCAUCCUGCUACUAAUUCUGUUUAAUCCAUUGUGAUUUGAUAGAUUGUGGUCAGGUUGGAUGAUUCAUCUGUCUCAUUCGGGUUGCUGAGUUGGACAGUCUGAUUGAUCUGUUUGAGUCGACUGCUCAACUCGUGCGUUCAAUCGUCGGGGUCACUCGGUUACUCAUCUGAUGCGUCUGUUCGAUUCGGUCGAUUCAUUUGAUUCAUUUUGCUGAUCGCUCUGUCUGGGUCAUUUCGACACGGGCGGCUGUCCAGCUGGUUGAGCGAUCAGACAAUAACAUUUUUACAUUUACAUUUACGUCAUUUAGCAGACGCUCUUAUCCAGAGCGACUUACAAAUAGGUGCAUUCACCCUAUAGCCAGUGGGAUAACCACUUUACAAUAUUUUUUUUUCUUCUAAUUUUUUAUUUUUAGGGGGGGGGGUAGAAGGAUUACUUUAUCCUAUCCCAGGUGUUCCUUAAAGAGGUGGGGUUUCAAAUGUCUCCGGAAGGUGGUGAGUGACUCCGCUGUCCUGGUGUCGUGAGGGAGCUUGUUCCACCAUUGGGGUGCCAGAGCAGCGAACAGCUUUGACUGGGCUGAGCGGGAACUAUGCUUCCGCAGAGGACAUGUUAAGUCCUUCGAAUACCGCUAUAAACGUGUAGCGAAAGUGUAUCGUUUAUAGGCUGCUUAGGUAGGCAGAAAUCCUGUGUAAUACCACUCCUUUUUCUGUGUUGAGGAAGUGUAACAGAAAAAAUAGGGCAGAAUUUACAGGUCGCUUAGGAAAGCGUAGUAUAAGUCCACGUGUGUAGAGGAAGUGUAACACCUAGGGGGCUAAAUAAAUAGAAAUCCUGUGGAUACUGCUUUGGAGAGCUAAAAUUAGCACUCCAGAGGUCUGAACGGGCAGGUAGGGCAUCAUCCUGUGUUGUGGUGAUGCCAAAAUUAGGUAGGGUCGAUCAGGUAAAAAAAGCUAGGUCAGUGGCACUAAGGUACACCCACGAGUUAGCAUAUUUCAGGUCUCGUCCAGAGAUGUUCGAUAGUGUUUAAAUUCAGGCUCGUCUGCUGGGCCCCUCAGGACAUUCAGAGACUUUGUCCCGAGCCACUCCUGCGUUGUCUUGGCUGUGUCUUAUUGGUCGUUGUUCUGUUGUAAGGUGAACCUUAGCCCCCGUCUGAGGUCCUGAGCCUCUGGAGCCAGUUUUUCUUCACAUCAAGGAUCUCUCUGUAACAUUGCUCCGUUCCUCUUUUCCUCGAUCCUUACGAGUACUCCCAUCCCUUCCUACGGCGGCCAGAUCUAGGAAGAGUCCUGGUGGUUCCACAUUUCUUUCUUCUUUCCGUUAAGAAUUCUGUGGGCCAACUGUUUUAUUGGGGACCUUCAAUGCUGCAGAAAUGUUUUUGGUACCCCAGAUCUUUCCUUACACAAUCCCUGUCUCGGAGCUCUGUGGCAUUCCUCCGUCGACCUCAUGUCUUGGUUUUUGCUGUGCAUACAUGUCCAACUGUGGGACCUUAUAUAGACAGGUGUGUGCCUUUCCACUCAAUGUCCACUCAUUUAAUUUACCACAAGGUGGACUCCAUCAAGUUGUAGGAAACAUCACAAUAGGAUGAUCAAAAUGAAACAGGAUGCACCUGAUCUCAUUUUUAGUCUCAUAGUCCAAGGGUCUGAUACUUGGUAAUCAAACUGUUUAAUUUUCUAAAAACCUGUUUUUUCUCGCUUGUCCUUAUGGGGUAAAAUGUGUGGUAGAUUGCUGGGAUUUUAUUUAACCAUGUUGAAUAAGGCUAAUGUAACCAAAAAUUUGGAAAAAGUCAAGGGGUCUGAAUACGUUUCUGAAGGGCAAAACUGGUACAUCAUGGGUUUCCACUCCAUCAAUGAUGUUAUAGUAAUUUGAAGUCAACACAUCUGAUGAUGUCAGACAGUGCGGGGGGCUUAUACCUGAGCAAGAGAAGUAGCUCUCCGUGUUUUCAUACUUAACUAAGUCAUUUACCGUACAGCUGUCCUGUCAACACUUCACACACGUGGACCUCUGAGAGGACCGGGAGAGAGUGAUAAUGCAAGGAAAUGUGGUGUGAUCGAUAUUUUUAAGAUGAUAACUGCCUUUCCCUCCAAUCUAUUUCAUAUUGAUGAACUAUAAGCCUUUCGUGUUUGCGAGACUAUGACAUGUUCCUAUUAAAUCGGCCUUCCUGUCAUACGGACAGAAUGUUGUAUUUCAAUUUCACCAAGGGAUAGAGAACUAGUUUAGACCAGUUUAUUUUGUCUUUAGUUUUUUUUUGAAUGGUGUUAUUUGUUGUGUGUGUGUGUGUGGUGUGAUUACGGACGUGUGUUGGCUUGCGUUUGUGUUCAUGAGCUCUGCUGUGUAACGCUACGUGUCCUUCGGUGUAGUGUUGGUGGGUUUCAUUGUUUUACUGUGUAGACAGACACGGAUGGACCAGUCUAGAGGAGGUUUCCCUUUUAAGAGCCCUCUGGGAUCACCACAGGAGCUGGGGCCCCUGGGACGAGAGAUGGAGCUGGUUAUGGCCCCAGAUCUCACCAUAUCAGACUACUCAGAUACUACGAGACAC